AUGAACAGAAAGUCAGUCUUUGUCCUGUGAUCUGCCUACAUUUCACAGUCUCUGGUUUACACAGAAGCAACAGAUCUUGUGAUCUGAAUGCGCUGACAUGUAGGAAUGGAACUCUGACCUCCAGCAGUCCCAUCCUAUGCACUGAGCAGGACAGUACUUAUUACAGCCUGCAAAGGGCAUAAAUCCCAAGCAAGACUGAAGUUCUCUUCAUACACCUUGAAAAUGUAAAACCAAAAGCUAAUGCCACAUGAGGAUGCAUAAACCAGAUCAAAUCUCAGACGACAAGCAGCUUCAAAGGUCAGAGAUGUGUCAGCCUGAACUCAGCAUAAUUUUCGGAUCAGUGUUAGUUAAUUAAUAAUCUUAUGCAUUAUUUAAACUCAAAUCCUCAGCUAGUGCUACAUAUAUAUACAAGUUUACAGAGCGAUACAAGUGACAACACACUACCAAGCAGCAAGCUCAAGAUUCCAUAACCACCCAUUCUUACCUUGAGGAGUGUUUAGCUAAUAAUUAUCCUUUAUGCAAAUAGAGCAAGGCCUGACUGAAGACUUUCAUUCAUUCCAAUGCACAAAAACAGAGCUGAUACAUUCCUGUCAAAAAGCCAUCCAGGAACACAUAAGUGAAGUAAACUGGGACAAUGGAAAGACAACUUGAGGCUACCAGAACGGAAAACAGCACCUCUUCCUUCUUUAUCAUGGAAAGAAAGACACAUGUGAAGAUUAAGAGGAAAGAAGUCAUGCUAGCUAAGCUGAGAAAGAGCUGCUCCUGUACCCCACAGAAGCUGAAGAACUUUGUUAUGGAUUUCUUCCCUGUUUUACGAUGGCUUCCCAAGUACCGGUGCAAAGAGUACAUUUGGGGGGAUAUUAUGUCUGGGUUAGUGAUUGGGAUCAUUUUGGUGCCUCAAGCUAUCGCAUACUCACUGCUGGCUGGUCUGAAGCCCAUUUACAGUCUUUACACAUCAUUCUUCGCCAACAUCAUCUAUUUCCUAAUGGGCACAUCCCGUCACGUAUCCGUUGGCAUUUUCAGCUUGAUAAGCUUAAUGGUAGGACAAGUUGUGGACCGAGAACUUCUCUUGGCUGGGUUUGACUUGAAUGAUGAUGCCCCACCAGCCUUGGGUGAUGGCUCUCAGCAGAAUGACAGUCUGUCCAACACAACUGCCUUCAACCUUACAAUUGCGGGGAUAAAUGCUGAGUGCGGGAAAGAAUGCUACGCUAUCGGCAUCGCUACAGCCUUGACAUUUGUGGCUGGAGUGUAUCAGGUUCUAAUGGGGAUCUUUCGUCUGGGUUUUGUAUCUAUGUACCUAUCUGAGUCGGUACUAGACGGCUUUGCAACCGGUGCUUCCUUAACCAUUUUAACAGCUCAAGUGAAAUAUCUGAUUGGAAUAAAAAUUCCACGCAGCCAAGGGCAUGGGAUGCUUGUUAUUACCUGGAUUAACAUUUUCCGGAACAUUUCUCAGGCCAACCUUUGUGAUGUCAUCACAAGUGCCAUUUGUAUCGUGGUGCUGGUCACUGCGAAGGAACUGGGAGAUCGGUAUAAGCAUAAACUGAAAUUUCCUCUUCCCACAGAGCUGGUAGUUAUUGUUGUGGCAACACUGGUGUCACACUACGGGAAGUUAAAUGAAAUCUAUGCAUCCAGUGUCUCUGGAGCCAUUCCAACAGGAUUUAUUCCUCCAGAGGUGCCACAGUUCAACCUAAUGCUCCGAGUCGCUGUGGAUGCUUUGCCUCUUGCCCUGGUCAGUUUUGUCUUCACUGUAUCCCUUUCCGAAAUGUUUGCAAAGAAAUAUGCUUACACCAUCCGAGCCAAUCAGGAGAUGUUCGCUGUGGGGUUCUGCAACAUCAUUCCUUCUUUCUUCCACUCUUUUGCAACCAGCGCAGCUCUGGCAAAAACCCUCGUCAAAACGUCUACAGGCUGCCAGACUCAAGUCUCUGGAGUAAUCAGUGCAAUGGUGGUUCUGCUGGUGCUGCUCUUCCUGGCACCUCUCUUCUACUCCUUGCAGAAGUGUGUCCUGGCUUGUAUCAUUAUUGUCAGCCUCCGAGGAGCCCUGAGGAAGUUCAGAGAUGUGCCAGCACGGUACCACGUGAAUAAGGUGGACACACUUGUUUGGGUCAUUACCAUGUCUGCCUCUGCCUUGGUCAGCACAGAAAUAGGGUUGUUGGUUGGUAUUGUUUUCUCUAUGUUAUGCAUUGUUGUUCGGACACAGCGGCCACGGACAGCCCUGCUUGGUCAGAUCCCAGACACGGGCUUUUAUGAGGAUGACUUCGAAUAUGAAAAUCUCUCUACUGUUCCAAAGGUCAAAAUAUUUCGUUUUGAGGCUCCACUUUACUAUGCAAAUAAAAACUACUUCCUAAAGUCUCUGUACAGAUUGACCAACUUAGAUCCUAACCUAGAAGCUGCUAGAAGGAAGAAAUAUGAGAAGAAGGAAAAGCAGCAUCUGCAGAAGGGAAACCACAGAACUGCUAAUGGACUGGGCAUUGGAGAAACCACUUUGCAACUAGUUCCUAAGCAAAUUGAUUUUCAAACCCUUGUUGUAGAUUGCUCAUCCAUCUCAUUUCUGGACACCACUGGAGUUAAUACUCUAAAGGAAAUCCUGAAAGACUAUAAGAACUUAAACAUUUCUGUUCUCCUGGCUUGCUGCAAUCCCUCAGUGAUAGACUCUCUGAAAAGAGGAGGUUACUUUGGAAGAGAUUUUGGAAGCAUGCAGGAAAUGCUGUUCUACAGUAUACAUAAUGCUGUGCUGUUUGCAAAGGACCAAAAGCUUCCAGCAGACUGCUCAGUUUAACCUUGUGUCUUCCCUGACAAUUCACCACAAAAGCAACAGAUGCAGUGGGGCAAUUUGCAACAGGUAAAUUAUUAGACACACUCUUGGCUAUGUACAAGCCAUUCUCCCCUGAAGAGCUCCACUAUUUGUCAGAUGCCAUGUAGAACAGCCACUGAGGAUGCAGUCCAGGACAAGCAUGGAACAGGUUAGAUUAUCACCUGCACCUUCACUUCAAAAUGUAGGUGAUGUGCAGUAAGGCAGUUUGGGAUUGGCUUGUCCCUUGUACCAUGAUCAUUUUUGAUACAGCAUGUAUGUCAUGAGACUGUUGUGCUCUGCUCAUGGUCAGCCCAGUGUCACCUGGAUCUCCCAGGGUUAAUGACUGGUUUGUGUUAAAAAGAGGGCUAAGCCAUUCCCAUGAAAGUGCAUCAAUCCAGCAUCCUGGACACAUAAUGGUUUAAAUUCUGGCUUGCAAAGCCCUGCCCCUUCCAUCAUUCCAGGUGUGCUCCUAAACAACUCCCCCUGUUUGCACACAAAUAAAAUGUAUAAAAUAUUGUGGAAUGUAGCUUGCCUCUCCUCCUCAAUUACAUAGGCUCAAUAACAUAACCUGCCAGAGGAGAAGAAAUCACGAUUCAUCACAGGUUCCUCUCAAAAAUUCCAAAAAUUGCUGCUGGAGUCACCUGUUAUAUUGGCUUAAAUCUGUCAUAAUUAGUUACUGAAGGCUGUGAUAUCCCUAAUGAUGCCAGAAGAAACAUGAUUGAUGCAAGAUUUUGUAACUAGUAAGAGAAGAUAAACUGGAUUAGGAGAAACAAAUGGCUUUAACUGCCAGUCACACAACUACCCACGUAGCUGUACCACCAUCCUGUAAAAAUAAGUUGCCUCUGGUGGGUAGAUGCAACUCCAAUUCAGGGAUACAUAAGGAUCAUCAAACAUAAAAACCUCAGAACCAUGAUGCAGUACAUCACCUUCUUCCUACAAAUGCCUGCCUGGGUUCAAAGAAAAACAGGAGCAAAUAGGGUAGGGUGGGAAGGUAAACCUGUGAGUUGCCUACAAGGGGAUUGAUAGGUCAGUCAGAACUGCCUGGCUGGUCUUCUCUGAUGCAAUGCUAACGAAGUAUUACAAGUAACAUACUUGGGCCAAGUAAAGGGAGCAAUGCUUUGUAACUUGUGAUCCUCGUACGUUGGAAAAAUUCCACCACUGUUUGUACAUACUACAGAUGCGGUGGGGUUUUGUUUGCUUUGGUUUUCUUUCUCUUAUUGUAUUAAUCUUGGAUUUGAGGUCCACUAGACCAUGUUUUCCAGGUCUAGUCACUUUCUGUAAUAAUUUACGUUAACUGCUGUUCAUCGUGCUUUAUAUGUCAUAUGAUAUUCCCAGUGUCACUUGUGUUGUUAUAUAUCCAUAUUCUUUUUUUUUUUACAAAUAAGCAUAGUUUUGGAUUUUGAUUGUAACAGAGUUAGUGUUCAGUGUUCUGGCUCAUGGCAUAGGCAGAAUAUCCUCUGCUCAAGUUUAUAAUUAAUCACCUGCACAAAAGGUAGCAAAGCUGCUCUGUCUCUCUCAUUUAUCAUGGCUGGUUCAUACAGCACCAAGCACAGAAGGAAAUUGUAUCAGAGCUGUGCCUCGAACAGUUAGCAGACUCUAGAAACAGAGUCCAUGCAGAAGCUCUAGAAACAGAGCUUCCAUGUAGGCAGAAGCCGUUUCUUUGCUGUGACAUUAAAAAAAACCCAAAACAACCAGAAGUCAGGUCAACACAACAUGUGACUUGCUUGUUUCAACUUUUUAGGUCUCCGAAAGAAAGAACACUCAAACUGAGGCUCUCCAGGUGCCCCAGGCCCUGUCUGGCUCUCAAGAACAAAUAUUUUGUUAAAGGAAAAGUAGUGCAUUAUCAAAAGAUAAAAAAGAAAUUC